UCCAUUUCAUGGACAGACACCGCCCACUAGACAUCACAGACCGUUAUUCAAGAACGUUUUCUACAGCGCGUGAUGCCUCUCCCUAGAUGACGAGAGUUAGUUAUUGUAUACGAACGAGCUAGAUUUCUCGAGAUUCUCUUCUGUAAAUCAUGGCUCACUCAAAAAUAUACCUUCUAUAAAAAUAAAAAAAAAUUAAAAAAAAACCGCGACAAAUUGUUAUAAGAAACAAAUUAAUUUAGCUCUGUUCACUUUUAUUGAGAGAACAGCAAAGUUAGUGAGUGAACAGUGCCCAUUUUAUUACAUCCAAUUGGCCGGUGUCAGAAUUACGGGAGUUCCACUGUACUCUUACAUAUGCGAUUUCUUUUCUUCGCAGGUCGUGUUGUAAUCGUAACCACUUCUCCUUGAGUGUCCUUGGAAAACUGAGCCAUGUUUGCCCCCUUUGUCCUGUUCACUUGCCUGAUGUUCGUAUCCGCAUCCACAAGUGCCCCUAGCGCUGGCAAAAUCGCGGAGUUGGGAAAAGCGAUUGAUCUUCGGGAAGCCAACCUCCUUGCAGAUUUUCAAGAGCUCGAGAGAACCAUUUUUGAGCCCUUCAAACGAGAAUGCUUCAUUGAUGAAACCAAAAAGAUUCGAUCCUCACGAAAGUUCAUGGAAUAUUAUGAAAAUAGCAGAGCCUUUUACUCGUCUUUGGCCACCCAAUCAGAAUUGGACGUGUCGUUGCAGUCCUCAUAUACUCUGGGUGUUUCUCUACAGGUUGCGACAAAGAGCAAAAGUUCAGAGACCAAUAAAGUGAGUGGAAUGUCUUUAAACGCGGUGGCAAUAAACGAAAAGAUCCUGGUGAGAAGAGGCUGCUUAGAAGGUGAUGAAGCGAGCUUAACAGACCGAUUUCUGGCAGACUUGGAAGACUUGCCGGCAAAAAUUGAAGAACCCUGGGAAAAGUCUUCCUGGGAACCGUAUAAUAGUUUCCUGAAGACAUACGGCUCCCACGUCAUUACGUCCGUUACACUUGGAGCUAGUUUCAGACAAAUGACAUUUGCGGAGAGUUCAAAAUCCUACAGUGAGAGAGAUUUUGAGGUGAAAAGUUGUCUCUCUUUAGCUGGUCCCACAGCUGCUGGAGAAUUGGGUUUCAAAGCUUGUGCAGACAUAACUGAAAGUGAAAAAUCUAAAGCAAGCCAGAUCAGCACGAGUGACAAAGUGUUCGUUUUGGGUGGAAGUCUCGAUACCCGUAACAAGCUUUUGGACCAAGAGACAAGGUCGGUCGAAGAAAUUCAGAAACUCUUGGAUGAAGCCGGCGACGAACCCUCAUCCAUUGAGCACACAUUUGUUGCAAUCUGGAACAUUUUACAAAGUCGUUUCCAAACAGGAUCACCCAACCACAUCAGAGGUUUAAACUUGGAGUACUACUUUCUCGGCUUCUUGAACUAUGGGUGCACCUACGUUGAGGGUGGAAAAGUUCAAAUCCAGAAAUUCGACUACUCCGCCAGUACCACUAAAACUUCCCCAGAAUUUGAAUGUUCCCUCGCUAAACAGGGCUGUCAAACCAACAACGAUUGCCAUUACAAACCCAUUUGGUGCUCUUGCCAUGGAAAGUCCUGUGUUCGCUACAAAACUGAGACGCACGACAAUGGCUCCAAAAAGGAAACUGCCUACGCAAAUUUCGAUACAAAUUGGGGAUGGAGCGGUUGCGGUUGGAAGGCGGCAGGGUCCUAUUGUGAGUGCAAAAACGCAGAUCGUAAUGUGCGGAAAGUUGUAUGGUCCUUGCCCAGCAGAGAUUGCCCAACACAUAAAGCAGCUAGCCAUGGCGGCUACCGUCAGACAACAAAGGAUGCAGCCCAGAAGAAACCGAACUGAGUUAGAACGAAAUUAAUCUUCCACUUGUCCACUUGCGGUGAUAAGUAAUCAUUUAAAUGAUCCCAUCUGAAGUUAAAGAAUAACUAGAAUUAAAACAUACAUGUAAUCUUUGUCAUUAUGCCAGAGUUGGACAACUUAAAAGUAUGUUCAUCGACGACAAGCAAAUGGUUUGAUUGAAUUAAUAAAUGUUAAAAAGAUGGAAGAGAAACUGAGAGUGCAUUCACUUGAGUCAGACUUGGUAUUUUCAGAACAAUGCCAAAAGAUUACUAUUUAUUCAAGGGUUUAGUCUUACAACAAUUACAAUCAGAACCAUGGUAUCAAAAAAUAGCUUGACCAUUGGUAAACACAUUGUUAUCAUUUUUGUGUUUCAAU